CAUUCAUAACAGUUUCUUAUAAUCAAUAUUUCAGAAGUACCACAAAAUAUACGUCUAUCAAAAAACAAUUUCUACGAGUAAAGUAGUCACAGUUUCAAGUUUCAAGUUUCAAGCAAACUCACCUAGAAAAGAAACAAAUUGUUAUACAAAUGAGUUUUUUGCAGUUAUUGUUAAAGUUAACCAACCUUUACACAUUUUUGUUUAAAAAAAAUGGCAACAAUUUAUUAAUUUAUUGCUUAAUUUAAUGCAAAAGAGAAGUAAUAUUUAAUUCAGUUCAACUAAACGUAACUAUAACUAGAACUGUAUGUGUGUGAAAACAGAUUUUUUCUAACUUUUCUAUAUGUUUUUUAGGGGUAUAAUAUUUAAUAUAAAAAAAAUCACAAUUAAAUUAUUAGAAAUAAUUGUCGCUGAAUUGUUCGAAACGAAAUUUAAAUUUAAUCACAAUCACAUUUAAAGCACGUAAGUAGUACAACUUAAAUGUUAGCUUUUUUUAAAUAAAAAUUGAAUUUCAUUAUCUCCCUAUUGUUUCAAAACCGAAUAAGAACUGAUUAUUCUAAUUUUAUUUCGUCAAUUCCCUGGUCAAGAAAAAUGGACCAAUAGAAACGCCUCAAACUCCGCUUCAGGCUAUAAAUUCGUAACGACUUGAGCCCUCAGGCAGUGAAGCAGUGACUUUUCUGCAGUACAUCGUGCCAGUAAUUGUGCCUUUUCUCUGACAUGAAAACAAUUUACAAUUCUACGUUUAACGAAAACUGUGUGCCCGAAAAAAUGGAAAACCUCUGGCAAGGAAGUUCCCUUAGUUCAAUUGAAGAAAUUUUCGACCCAAUAGAAAUCAAAAAAGUUGUGGACUCUUUAGUCAUGUCGCGAUUUAGUGCCCAAAUUAUGAAAUCUCGCACACGAAGAUCCAGAUCUUCAUGUUCUGAAAGUCAAGACAAUGUCUCUCUUUCAAGUGGGCGUUCCGAUUCCAGUAUAAAUACUUAUAAUUUAUCGGCGUUAAUUUCAAAUCCAUACCCACAGCCAUAUUAUUAUGAGAAUAUCUUCACUUGCUCUGAAACUGACCCCACUUGUGAAUUAAGCGAUUAUUGCUCAAUUGGUCCAAGCUUUGAUUUAAUGGACACAAAAUUGUUCAUUUUGAGUCAAAAUAAGGACCAGAUUUUGAAAGCGAUACAUUAUGACGAUUUUUAUAACAAAACGAGACUAAGCAAGGAGCGGCUUGAGGCGGAAAGACUUCUUUUAAUUAACGAUCUGACAAGUAAUUUAUUACUAACACGAGACAAUAGAUUUGAAGAAAAAAAUGAGCUGUGUACAGGAUCAGUAAAAAUUAGAAACUGCUACACAUGGUGUGAUAACCAACAACUUGAAGAAUUUUUCCUUUGUGUAGUAAUCUGUGGUUGCAAACUACUUGCUUCCGAAGUGACUCAAAUAAAAUCAAACGGAGUGAUACAUUUUAAGGAAGAAUUUGUUGUAACCGGACUGCGACCAGAUUUUACAAUCAACAUUAAAAUUUAUUGCGCUAGUAGAAAGGCCAUGAAAAAAUCGAAACAAUCAUUUGCCUGCAAUUACGCUCCACGUCCAGAAGAAGAAAUUCCUUUACGAAAAUCACUUUUUACUUUAUGGGGAGAGACCUACACAACAUUGCAAGAUCUCCCAAAAUCGAAUUUGAUGGAAGUUUGGAUGAAUUCUGGACGUUUUACUGCCAGCAUUUUCAGUUGGACUGAUUUAAAUGUAAAUUUGUCUGGUUUUUUAAAUGUUAGUCAGAGUGAAGAGUGUCCGCUAUGGAAUAGGGAAUGGUGUUGUUUGGAUGGGAGAUAUUUGCAAUAUUUUAAUUAUCCUCCGGAUGAAUCUUUCGAAUGUAAACCGAUAGGGACAAUUGAUUUAGCAACGUGUGUUGAAUUCAAGUUGCUUUCGAGAGAGGAGUGUGCGCGAAAGCAAACACUUUUCUUAAAAACAUAUUUUGGAAAAACUGUUUUAUUAUCAUGUGAUACCAGAACUGAAUUUGAAUGUUGGCGAAAUUGUAUCGAAAGGAUAUUAAGCGCAAUCGAAAUUUGGGAACACUGAACUUAUUAUUUGUAUUUGCAUGUGUUGUUUUGUUUGUAUAUUUCGUAAUAAAUUUAUAUUG